ACCAACAUGCAAUCCAUCAACUACCGAAAUAACUUCUUCUUUCAAAACCCAACAACAAUUAGGUUUUGUUCGUCCAAAUUUUGACCUUUUUCCCAAUAAUUUCCGACGCUUAUUUCACAAGUAGCAAAAGUUCUUCAAAAAUCUAUGUAUAAUCACCAAAAGUCCAAAUUUCUUGCGAAUUUCUAAUAUUUUGACCCGAGGAUCAUCAUCAUCAUCUCCCUCCAAAUUCAAUCUCCGUUUCUUCCCAUGAACAAAACGUAUCACAUUGUUGUUAUAUGUUGCUGAUAUGUGGUCAUCGAGAACGAUAAAAAUGCAGAGAGAUCGAAUGUUUACACAUUUGUUUCUAUCUUUAAAUUGCUGAGAAAGAAUGUCUGCCAAGAAUCAGGAGAAGAAGGACGUCGACCAAGUAUCAGCAACUUGCCUCUAUGACCUCUUACAUAUAGAUACAAAAGAAAACUGGAACGAUGAAUCAGAUGAACAGACAUCAUCCUCCAAUUCAUCAGCUGCAAAAAAGAGGCUAGCAAGUUUUUCAUCUGAAUCUGGUAAUGAGUUAUGUGCAGAUUGUGGAUCUCCAAGUCCAAAAUGGGUAUCUGCAAAUCUUGGAGCAUUUGUGUGCAUUAAGUGUUCAGGAGUACAUAGAAGCCUCGGAGUGCAUAUAUCAAAGAUAUUAUCAGUGAAUCUAGACGAGUGGACAGAGGAAGAUGUUGAUAAUGUGAUAAAACUGGGUGGAAAUGAAGCAGUAAAUUCAAAAUAUGAAGACAGCAUUCCAGAAAACCGUAGAAAACCACAACCAGACUCUUCUAUAGAAGACCGUUCUGAUUUUAUCAGGAGAAAGUAUGUAAUGCAACAGUUUUUGAACAUGGAGGAACAGUUGUCUUGCCCAUUCAAUCCAGCAGCCUUGAACUGCAGUUCUGCAGGCUUAAAUUCUGUAGUGGAGAAGAAGUAUUUAAACAGUAUGCGUAUGCAUAACAUUAGCCAAGCUUUUCUUAACACCAGGAAAAGAAAAGAUGCUGAAGUAAAGCCCGCCAGAAAAAGUAAUUCAACGGCAGGUAUGGUGGAAUUUGUUGGUUUGAUAAAGGUCAAUGUGGUCAGAGGCAUUGAUCUUGUUAUCAGAGAUGUCAGGAGUAGUGAUCCUUAUGUUAUGCUCUGUUUGGGAAACCAAUCAGUGAAGACACGGGUUAUAAAGAACAACCUCAAUCCUGUUUGGAAUGAAAAGUUGAUGUUGUCAAUUCCUGAUGACAUUCCGCCUUUGAAAGUGGUUGUUUUUGAUAAGGAUAAGUUUACAACGGACGAUUAUAUGGGUGAGGCUGAGGUUGAUAUUGAAGCAUUAGUUUCUGCUGCAAAAGCUUUGGAGAAUGGUAAUGCAAAUGAAGCUGAAAAGAAGUUGGCAGAAGACAAAGACAAGCCGAAUGUCAACAAGAAUGGUGUGGUCAAACUUGCAGAAAGAAAGGCAAAACAAGAGGUUUCUCUAAAAUUGCAAAAUGUUGAGAGUGGUGAGAUAGUCAUAGAGAUUGAAUGUGUGCCAUUGACCCAAUAACAAGGUCAACAAAGAAGACCAAAAAAUUUGAAUGAAAUCCAUGGGUCAUCAUCAUCAUCAUCUUCAUGAUAUGAUAAUAUUGAGCGAUUAGGAUGAUGUCAUGAUGAAUGAAUGUUCUUGUGUGUAUGUAGUAGGAGAUUUGGUUUUUAUAUGUGAACUGUGAAGUAGAUACAAUUGCCAUUUUCAAUUAAUAUAUGGGUUGUAGAAAUAUAUUUAGUGUAACUAUUGACUGAAUACAACAAAAGGGUUUUAGAUAUUAUCGUGUCUAAAUCUAAUCCACAACCUCCAUUACACAAACCUUAUCGAAAGAACAACCUUUUAAACAAGUAUAAACUGAAGAACGAAACUCAUACGAGUUAUGUGUUGAAGGUGUUAUAUCCACCCAUUCUUUGUCAACCAUCUCCACGUGUUGGUUUGACCUCAAAACAGCAUCAAAUAGCAACUCGUUGACACGUUUUGUCAAUUGUGCCAAAAAUUUCAUAGAAAAUACCAUGUAGAAAUCAUCAUCAACACCAUUGACACCACCAAAGGUUUUUAUCCCAACAUUAGCUUCACUUGAAUCCACCAAACCAACAAGAUCCUCCCCACCAAUAUAUCUUUGAUCUACA